AUGUCCACGUUCUUUCCAUUUCUGACGACCGAUGACUUCAACAAGAGUCACUCGUUAGUCCACGAACUUUUACGCCAUGGAAAAUUUCACGCAGCGUCAGCGGUGAUGAAGGAAUUAUAUAAAAAGAAUGACAAGGGGUGGGUUAUUAAUCUGUUGACGAACUUGAGUACCGGAGGUGUUCCAACGACAUGGAAUGCCACGGAAGAUAUCCCAACGAUAUUCCACAUGGCUUGGCUUGCCUUUUUGUUUUACAAAAGUUUGAAAGAGGGUUGUGCUAAAGAGGAUGAACGAUUGUUUACAAUGAACAUGCAACAAACGGAACAACAGAUUCACUUUGGGAUAUUGUUGGUCGAAGCAAUUUGCGCUACAACUGAUAACCAAGAAGAACGAAAAAAGUAUUUUGAAUCAUUCUUUGUGAUCGUCAGUGACCCAACGUCUUCCCAUUUGAAACAAGAAUUAACGCAAUUCUUGUCAGAUGGAUUGCAGAAGAACCCAAUUCAUUUCGGACUGUUAUGUCAAGAGUUAGUUAAAGCAGUGAACAACGCUGAUUUAGUGAUUACUAAUAUAUUAAUUGUAUAUCUCCACUCUUUAAAUGCGUUGCUUGAGACGGCAGAUUAUGACACUUUGUAUCAAGUACUCAGAGUGAUGAUUAAUGUGGACGCCAAAUACGAUAACACAUUCGACUCAGUAUUUUCAGUGUUUUUAAAGAAUUCCGAGUUUUCAUUUAGAGGAAGUUCAAAGUUGGACUUCACUUCGAUAUUGCAGUCACUUUUCUUGAGUGGAAGCCACUUCUUUUAUCAUUUCUUGGAUAUGUACAAAGAUGAGUGCUCAAAGUUCUCGAAAACUUUGUUCACCAAUCCAGAUUUGGUAGAUCCGUCCGCGUCGAUUUAUAACGAUAAAUCUGUGUUCUGGAAAUUGUACUACAAAAGUACUGUCUACAACAAUGAACAUGUGUUGCUCACUCCGUAUAAGACUGCUUUUGAAGCAAUAGAAUCAAUUGCUCAGUCGCACACAUUGAGUGAAAAGGAUUUGGAAAUUAUUCAAAGACAUAUGACAAUAUUGGGACAUUACUUUAAUCGAUUGGUGCCGGUCCUCAUAUUGGAAAUUGCAGAGAAGUUCCCGAGAAACUUGCAAUUAAUCGAACUGUUGAUAUCUCUUGCCAAAGAGAAUAACACAGAUGAUAAACUGAAUGGAUGGAAUCCACUUACAAACGAGAAAAUUAAAGCACUCAAGUUCCAUUUGGUAUUGUGCAACAAACUGACCGAAAUGAAUGUCAAAAGUAUUCAUCCCAUGCUUGUGUUGGUGGGAAAAUACUCUCUUCCGUAUAUCAUGUUACACCACACCGGAGUGUUAGAACACUUGGAUGAGUUACUUAAACUUAUUCAAGAGAACGAUGUCUGCAAAUCACUUUUUUCAAAUGACUAUGCGAUGUUAAAAUGCAUUAAAUUUGUGAAUGACUUACACAACACGUUUUCCAAUACCCUUGGAGAAACAUCCAACUUAUUAAGAACAGGGUUUGGAGAGGUGCUUAACACCUUGGACGAGAAACAACAAGUUUCUUUUGUACAGUUGGUUUUGUAUGAAAUUUUCCAAUCACAACCAACAGUGGAAAGCGUGAGAACAGUGUUAACUUACAAUACUGCGGUGGUCAACGAAGAGUUUUCAAAACAAAUGAAAUUCUUAUUACAACGGCUCAACACUUUAACAACACUACAAUUGUCUGAUAACCCAUUACAGUUGUUCUUGAGCGAUUCGGACACUUUACUCAGUUUGGCUUUGUCAAAACACGUCCCACUACCUUUCGAUAUAUUGGACCCUCCGGCGAGUCAAGAAUUGGUGACUUACUCGAUGAUGAAUUCGAUUCUCCAGAAAGGGCUUUCUGCUUCGGAAUUUGUUGAUGCACUCAUGGCUGUUCCAAACUCAACUAAAAUUGACAGACUGGCGAUGUUACUUGAAGCAGUUCACACGUACCCCAUUGAAGACUCUUCAUUCUUCUUUGAAGAAUGCCAGAAGUACAUAGACGAAGAUACCCCAGAUCAAUUGGUUAAAAUCCACGAUUUAUUCAAGAAGAUAUACACUUCGGGAUACACUUUUGAGUCAUAUACAAGACUCCUUAUAAGUGAUGACCCGCAUUAUACUUUCGAGAACAUUAACAUACUGAAAGAAGCUUCUAAAAGUCUGACCUACUUAUUUGAAAACUCGUCAACUAUAAGUAUCCAAGCAGAAGAAAAAGAGCUUCACAGACUCGAAGAACUUUUGAAAAAUGCGCCAGUGUAUGACAAGACUGCAAAAUUCAUUGAGUAUGUCCUUAAUAUUAACACGCACAUGCAACAACACUGGGAUAUCUGGAAAGAUAAAGCGACGUGUGCAAUGCACUUAAUACAAACAGUCUCACCACAACAAAUAGUCGACUUUUUGUUCUUUGAAAAGCACCAGACCGAUGCCGCAAAGGAAAUGUGCGAAUUGUUCAGAAUUGAUUUGUUUGGGUCGAUUGUGUAUUCCAUUCUCAUUGAAAAGUCAAGAAAGUUGGACUCGUUUACACAAUCGCUUUUACAUGAAAUGGGGAGAGACGACUUAGCUAUCGUCUUUGCAUUGUUCUCCGUCGAUCCAGAGAACUUCAAGAUUCCUGUUUUUGAAGAGAAGAUACUUAAUUCGUUGCCAGAGACUUUGAAACAGUUCGUUGAUAUGAAAUUGACACAAUACAGAGAGUUGGAGUCUGCGUUUAAAGGAGAGAAGGAAGAAGUGUUCAAUGUGAACUUUAACUUAUAUUCUAUUGACGCGUUUAAGGUCCUUCUCGAUCCAAGCGUUGGUGGAAAUGAAAAGUUCCAUGAUAUAAUGGCGAGUUACUAUUUGAGCAAAGCGGAAUUCACGAACGCGUACACUCACGCCGUUCAGACGAAAUCAAAAGAAUUAGUUGAGAAAAUUGUGAUAUCGCAAUUGAAGCAGCUUUUAAAAAAGGAGAAUACAGAGGACAACUUUGAUGAGAUAUUUACUAUUCUUAUUAGAAUUACCAACCCUAAGACAAGACUCAUUCAAACAGUGAAAGUACUUGAAAAAGGUAAAUACACUCAAAAUCAAUGUUGGAAAUUGUUCAAUAAAUGCGUGUGUGAAAUAUCACCAGAGAAUUUCCCAGUGAACUUAAAACAGCUUUAUGACAAGACAAACUUGAUUCAUCAAAUUGAAGUGUCUUUGGAAGCGAAUAAUAUUGAUAUAACCGUGGACACAGUCAAUCAGUUAUUAAAGAAGAAGAAAUAUCGAUUGGCUUACGAUUGUUUGGAGUUCAUUCAACCACCACCCAAAGACAAAGAACGAGAAAUAUUACAAACAGCAAUAUGCACUUUAUUAGAGGAAGACGGACAAGACGAAGCAAGUGAAUUUGUGUCAUACAUGUCUUCUAAGAGAACAGACAUGUUGAAGAUCAUUGAAGAUUGUGUUCAGAAGAAUCGAGUUCAGAACACGAUGUCGAUCAAUAGCGUCUUAAAGAAAUUCCCGGGUUUGAGAGUGGAGGAGUUCUUGUUAUCGUUUGCGAAUGAAACAACACAAAAUUACUACAAAAACUUCGACAAAGGAGCAAUUGGUGGGUUCAGUCAAUUAUUCAACUCACUCAAAGAGAUAUAUGCCCAAGCACCUAACAUAGAAGUAGGAGCCAAAAUAUGUUAUGAGAAUUGUUUGGGUGUUGCAAACCAAAUUCAGAGUCAAGCAUUUUCAAGAGAAAAAAGCAGAAAUAUUGUGUGUUUGGUGUAUCAACUUUUGCAAUACUAUGAAGGACUUAUUGGAGAUGAAGAGCUCGCUCCUUCCUUGAAAGAACUCAAAGUCAAAAUUACCCAUUUGAAGCAAUUGGUUCGGGUGUACUUCACGCUGAUGACAACAACCCAUCACACUUCGGGUAUUUCGUUCCAGACGCUCUUCACAUCAAAAGAAGCUGCCAAAACUCUCCAUGAUGAUUUGAGGGACAAGUCAGUCUUUAGAAAGAACGAAGCUUUGAUUAUUGGUGACUGUUUAGGGCUGGACAAUGUACCAGUCCUGAUGAUGUCGUUCUACGAAACAUUACAACAAAAACAAUACCAACAAGCCAGGGAAGUAUUCUUACAACUAAAGGAGAAAGUUGACGAUGGGCUCUUGAAAGAAAUUGUAGAAAACAUUUUUGAGGAUUUAGGGAAGAACACCAAAUUUGGAGACAACUUUUCGUGCCAAAUGCUUGUCAACUUCAUUAGCAAUCCAAAGUCCGUCCCAAGCAAACCAACACAGAAAAAUCAACCACUGGCAGCUCCAGAGAAUAUUAAAGCGCCCGACGAACAGUGGAUAAAGAUUAAACAACAAAUCAUUGAUACAAAAAAUAAGACAAAAGGGAGAGGACAGAAGUACACGUGGGACACUGAGGCGUUAUAUUACUUCCAAUUCUGUCCGUGCGAGAAGCACAAACAAUGGAUUGUCAAUAAAUACGUAGUGGAAGGGAACUUUGAAAAAGCGUUUUUGUAUGCGCUUGAAGAGCCAGUCAAACUGUCCGAUGAUGCAUUCUUCCAGACUCUUUAUCUGCCCGCUUUGUUGGAUGAUAAACAAUACCAAAUCAUGAAGAACACUUUGAGUAAAUUGAAGACAACACAUGAGGGCGAUAUUAUCAAGUUGUUAGACUUCUUAGAGAAGAACGAAUUGUGGGAUAUAUUCUUGGAUGUCUCAUUGCAUCUUGAGAUGUAUGAAAAGGCUUAUAUGGGAGCUUCUAAGUACUUUAACACCAUUCAUUACACAGAUAUUCCGAAAAGAAAAGAGGUGUUAUCGUUAAUUGACAAAAUUAUCGAGAGAUGUGGUAAUGUAAUAGACAGAGCGACUCAUACAAUGAUGGUAAAGAAAUAUGGUGCGCAAGAGAGAGUAAUGGAGAGACUUGAUUCUAUGAAAAAGAUCGACGAGGGUUUGGCUAAAGUGAAUGUCUUUGAUUUGAAAACAACGACGGAUGUUGCGACGAUUGCAGAGUAUUUCUUCGACAAGAGAAUGUUCCAGUUACUUCACGAAAUUAUUAAUGCAGUUCUCUCAAGUCCAACAGAAGACCCAGACGCUCCUAAAACUCCAUUCGGUUUCUACUUGGAGUUAAUAGAUGUUGUCAAAGAACAAGAGCUGUUGGAUUUCUUAAAACAAAACACUUCACUCACUGAUGAACAAAAGAGUGAAUUGGUUUUCAAAGCUGUCAAAACACGAUUCAGAACAAAGCCUGGAAACUUGAUCAACGCAAUUCCUUCCGACUUAAAACAAAUACAAAUCAACGUCGAACUCGAACGAUUCUCCGACGCACUUAAAGUUGCAAAGAAAAACUCUCCAACUAAUGUCAGAAUACUACAUGAUAUGCUUGUUACAUCGGCAGAUGCUAAUGCUCAGAAAAUACUCACCCAAUGCGAGAAAAUAUUAAAAUGA